GCGGUUGCGCCAACAACAGCAGAGGAUGUUGCUGCUAGCAGCCAGCCUUUAACACAAACAAUAACACCAGCACUAUUUGCAUCUGCACUCGUCUCGUUUGGGGAUCGAGGUCGGCGGCGGUGGACGCCGAGCAGCGGGGCUGCGGCUCUCCUCGCCUCCUUUCGGGGCUCCGUGUUGCGCUGACGAUGGAGCGCGGUGCUCCUUCACCGAGCUCCUUUUUGCAGGAGGAGCACAAACAAGAAUCAUGGCUGGCCAGCUAGGCCGCACGGGGAUUCUCAAGCUGCCCUCAGACUGAAUCCUCUCUCUGGGUUCGGUUCUGCUUCUCACUCAGCGGUACCGGGAGGACGGUGCUGGUAUUUGACGUCUUUUUUCUGCUUUUUCUUGUGUUUUUUUGUGGACUCUGCUAACCUGUUUAGCGUCACAACCUUGACGCCUUUGCCUUCGUUGUUAGCCGUGUGUUUAUUAUUUUUUUUAGCCGGCUAACGCUGGCUGGAACACCGAUAUUUGUACUAAAAAUCGAAUUUAUCCCACGAUUUACUGCCACCAUAAGCGUUUUUAUCGCAGAUUUAUUUUGCUCCCGGAUGAAUGUGGAGCAAAAUGGAGACGCCGACGAUUGUGUACGAUUUGGAUACUUCAGGAGGCUUAAUGGAGCAAAUCCAAACACUGCUGGCGCCACCAAAGUCGGAGGAGGUGGAGAAGAAGAGCCGGAAGCUGGUCAGGGAUGUGCGGCGGAGCGGCAGAGCCACCAACCACGACACCUGUGACAGCUGCAGGGAGGGUGGAGACCUGCUGUGCUGCGACCACUGUCCUGCAGCCUUCCACCUCCAGUGCUGUAACCCUCCUCUGAGUGAAGAAAUGCUGCCCCCUGGGGAGUGGAUGUGCCACCGCUGCAAUGUUAGGAAAAAGAAACGAGAGCAGAAGUCCGAGCAGACAAACGGAUUACCGGAAAGGUCUCUAUCGAAGCGCUCAGCAUCCCCGAGCAUGGAGCUGGAGCUGAAUGCGGGCCCGCUGCGGCUGGACGGCCUCCCCCCUGGGGCCGGGGCAGCCGGACCCGGUCUACGAGUGGCCCAGGUCCGCCUCCUGGACCGCAGGACCAGCAGCAGGCCGAGCAGCCGGCCCGGCACGCCCACGUCCAACACUUCCUCCACCCCGACGCCUUCGGAGGACCAGAAUGACGGCGAGGAGGAGGUGCCAGACCCGGAGGAUGACCUACCGGGUUCAGAGCUCGAGGCCGCCAUGCCAUCCACGCCGAUGCCGCGUCUCCUCAAGAGGCCGUUUCAGCUACUGAUAGCAGCUGCGAUGGAGAGAAACCCGACGCAGUUCCAGCUGCCCAGUGAGCUCACCUGCACCACGGCACUGCCAGUUUGUCUGGGUGGUGCGUUUGCAGGCAGCAGUAAACGGAGGAGAAAAGAGGAGCUGCUCGGGAAGCCGUUCAGGAGGCCCCAACAUGAAUUAGACCCCAACGGCCUGGUUCCUCUACCAGUCAAAGUCUGCUUCAUGUGCAACAGGAGCUGCAGGUUGGCGCCACUGAUCCAGUGUGAUUACUGCCCCCUUCUGUUCCACAUGGACUGUCUGGACCCCCCGCUCACGGCCUUACCGGCUGGAAAAUGGAUGUGUCCGAACCACGUGGAGCACUUGGUGCUGAAUCAGAGAAACCUCAGCCUGUCCAGCCGCUGUCAGCUCUUCGACCAGUUCCAGGACCGAAUGUCACAGCACGCUGUUAAGUUGGACUUCCUGAGGAGAGUCCACCGACAGAAUGCACCCAACCCGCGCACGAGUCGACAGCACAGCAAGAAGACCAUCAAGGUUCCAGAUGCCAUCAAGUCUCAGUACCACAGUCCUCCCCCCAUGCUGCUCUCAGCGGGAGUGCGUCAGUUGGAGCUGGUCUGCAGCGGUGUCCCCAACCGCCAGCCUCCAGAGCAUCUGACCACGGAGGCCGAGCAGCACGAGUGGCUUCAGGAUGUCAUCGCUCUGCAGUGCAGCAUCACUCGUCACCUCUCCAUCAAGCAGAAGACUUCAUCCACACCGUCGUCCGAGUGGGAGUCUGAGCAGAAAACCACAACACUGCCCCCUAUAGGAAGGACUUCACCCAGCACCUGCUCCAAACCCUGCAGUAUACCUGAUGACCCCCAGAGGGCAUCGGCGUUAGGGGACACCGCAGCAGAACUGGGUCCUUGUAAAUGCAGCACCACGCCCUGUCAGAACUGUAGGAAACCAAACGGACCUCGAGCAGCAGAAGACGGUCGACCCCCCAAAGCUAAUGGACCUCUAGACUGUAACACGCCCGACCUGCAGCACAGACUGAAGACCAGCACCAACCCUCCUGACUCAGAGUCUGGCGCUGGCCUCCUAAACCACAUAGGAGUGGGAGCAGUGAAAUGGGAGCCCGAGGGCAGCGCGGAGGUCUGUGUUCAGAAAAACUGUCCCGACACCUUGGCGGCAUGGAGCCAGCAGAACCACAGCAGCCAGCAGAAGGUGAACACGAGCAGCGAGCAAAACCCCUCCAACUCCAUUACCAGCCACACGUGUUCAGAGAGUCUGCCUAAAGAAGCCCCGGAGCAGGACUCUGCCAAUACGGGAUCCUCAGAUGUCAAGGCCAGUCCUGGUCCAGCAGACUCGCUGUCGUCCAUCUCUCAGCUGUCCAGCUGCAUGAAAGACGCUGCAGAAGAUGAUGGAGGUAUCCAGUUGGACAAAUUGGACGCGGCGAUGAUCAAACUUCUGGCCUGGCAGAGGAUCCAGCAACUGUUCCCGCCUAAAACCUCCUCGGCGCUGAAAACGCCGGCGCCGUGUCCCGACAAUCAGAAGAAGGUGAAGGCCCGAGCAGUUUUCUACCCUCUGAUGGGGAAAGGCGGAGCCAUCAACAUGUGCUACAGGACGCUCUACAUCGGAUCUGGUGCUGACAUGGACGUGUGCCUUACAAACUACGGUCACUGCAACUACAUAUCGGGGAAACAUGCCUGUAUUUUCUACGAUGAGAACACCAAGCAUUACGAGCUGCUCAAUUACAGCGAGCAUGGCACCACCGUGGACAACGUCCUCUACUCCUGUGACUUCUCAGAGAAGGCCUCCACAUCACCACCAAGUGGCCUGGUGGCCAAAGUGCAAGGCAUCAUCCGUCGCAGUAAGAAGCGUGAGCAGGAAAAGGGCCCGAGCUCAAAGGCGGCUUUUUUGCCAGCCAGCGGUGUGAUGAGCAGUCAGCCGCACGGCGCCGUGCCGGCGUCAUGCACCUGCAAGGCGAGCAGCUCCAGCCUGAUCGGCGGCAGCGGGGCGGGCUGGGAGGGCACGGCGCUGCUCCACCACGGCAGCUGCAUCAAACUGGGCUGCCUGCAGUUCGUCUUCAGCAUCACAGAGUUCGCCAGUAAGCAGCCCAAACAGGAGCUCACGACCACGCCCGCCGCCAGCAGCAGCACUACCAGUACCGCCGUCACCGCCACCUCCCCACCCAACACUGCCACCGUCAGCAGCCCCUCCAGCCAGGACGAGGCCGACGCCGAGCCGCUCCCUCCCCUCCAAGUGCCCGCGCUGCGCUCCGAUGCCGUUCCUUAACCUGCACCGGAAUUCCCUCCCAUUGUUUUGCACCUUCCACGUCACAAUGAAGGGAAAACUGCACAGCCGGUUGGUCAACAGGGAAUAAUUAUUAUUGUUUCCCCCAUUUUAAUGGUUUCUAUCUUUGCAUGAACUUGAAGUAUUAUUGACAAUCUUGUUUUUGAAUGACUGACAGUCACCUUUUGUUCAUGUAACGC